ACUAUUUGUCAGAGGGUUGUUGACAGGCAGUGCUUAGGUCUCGCUCAAACAUGGCCACCAUGAUGGAGUGAUUGCAAUAACUUUAAAUUCACAAUUUUAAGGGGAAAAACUCCCUUUUCUUGAUUGAAGAGGAACAUUUGUAGCUAAAAUCGACGGAAGUAAUAUUUUUCCAUCCAAUCGAAUGCUGAAGAAAAGUUGCAAGGAGGGUUUAUUAUUGGUGCAAGUUGGCUGCGAGCUCUAAAGAAAAAGAAGAAUUGCAUUCAUGUCGUAAGGGGGUUCUUCUUUCCCUUGGUUUUUCACCAUCAUUUUUGUUUCGAAACUGCCGAAGGAUAUGGAUACAUUGCAAUAUUUUUUUCGGUGAAAACUAACAGGAGAUACUUUUGGAAUACAACAGAUCGUCUUUUUCAUCUUUUUUGUUUGGCAGUCUGCUGUUGGAAAGGGUCAACACGCUGGUUAAAGGGAACACAUUGGGUUCUACAUUUUCACCCCGUUUCACUUUUUUUCAUUAACUUAGAAGAUAGCAUUUUUUUUGGAAUAUGUGCUGUGUUUUUUUCGGGCGCACAUACUGCAUCGGUAGUUUCCGUUUUAUUGCUACAGCUGGAGAGUGAAAAUCUCCCCUCCCCCCAAAAAAUACAAAAUAAAAGUGUUCAAUUUCGCAGAUGACAAUAAAGGUGAUGAAGGCAAUACUUCCACACUUCUAGGGUGAAAAAGAAUGUCAUCAGAGGACAAGACUCUGGAGCCCUCUGACCAAGGACCUUCACCUGCUCCAGCCAGCAGCACUGCAGCAACUCCUGCAGGCAGCCCGGCCAUUGCAGACAAGAGACCCAGGGGCAGGCCUCGCAAAGAUGGAGUCGCUCCCAUACAUAAAUCCAAGAAGAAAUCUCGCAGUCGAGGCAAGGCAUCUGUUGAUGAUGAAGACAGCAUGGAUGGUGUUGAGACUGCAGAAACAGAAAGUGCUGUGGAGACAGAAACGAAAGAACAGCCACUGGAGAACGAAGGCAUCCCAGCAGCAGAAGAAAAGCUGUCGUCCCCAACUCUCAGUCGCUCUGUGUCUGAGGAGUCUGCAGGAGCUCCUGCAGGAGCUGCUACACAAACCAAAAGCAGUGAACAGCUCUGUGCCUUCUGCAAUUGUGGAGAACGGAGCUUGCUGGGCCAAGGGGAAUUGAAGCAGUUCAGUCCCAGCCCUGGGUACACCAUGCCUAGGAGAAGCCAGUGCCGAACUAAGAGGGACAGCACUGGCAGCAACGAGGGAGAGGGAAGCAGCAGGCCGAAACUAAACUCAACCGCACGCCGGCAAAGAGGGCAGAAAAAAGACGCUUCUCCCUGCAGCGCCGUAGUGUCUGUGGUGACGGUGAACACUACAUACCCCUGUGAUGAACCAGCCAGCAAGUUUUGGGAUGAGCUCAGUCAGGUUGGGCUUCCUGAGGACACUGACCUCCAGUCCCUAUCUGAUCCCUCUGGGCAUUGCUGGGCCCAUCAGUGCUGCGCGGCCUGGUCGGAGGGAGUGUGCCGGGAGCAGGAGCAAGUGCUGGUCAACGUGGACAAAGCCGUCGACUCAGGGAGCACAACGCACUGUGCAUACUGUAAGCGCCUUGGAGCAACCAUCAAAUGCUGUGAAGAGAAGUGCAGCCGCUUGUACCAUUAUCCCUGUGCAGCGGCAGCUGGCACUUUUCAGGAUAUCCGGAGUCACACUCUCCUUUGCCCAGAACACAUCGAGCAGGCUACAGGUAGAUCAAAAGAUGAAGCGAACUGUGCAUUGUGUGACAACCCAGGAGACCUCCUGGACCAGCUGUUUUGUACCAGUUGUGGGCAGCAUUACCAUGGGAUGUGCCUGGAUAUAGGGGUGACCCCUUUGAAGAGGGCAGGCUGGCAGUGCCCCGACUGCAAGGUCUGCCAAACUUGCAAGAACCCUGGAGAGGACAGCAAGAUGUUGGUAUGUGACACAUGUGACAAGGGUUAUCACACGUUUUGCCUACAACCUGUAAUGGACUCCAUACCUACAAAUAGCUGGAGAUGCAAGAAUUGCAGAGUAUGUGAGCAGUGUGGCACCAGAACAAGUUCUCAGUGGCACCACAAUUGUUUAUUGUGUGAUAACUGCUACCAGCAGCAGGACGUGGGCUUGUCCUGUCCACUUUGUGGAAAGGCGUUCCACCCAGAUUCCCAGAAGGACAUGCUUUGCUGUCAGAUGUGCAAAAGGUGGAUACAUCUAGACUGCGACAGACAAGCAGAGAACGAAACCAGUGUCUUGCUAAAAGACGGAUAUGUCUGCACAAUCUGCAAGCAAGUGGAAGUGGAGGAACUGCAAGCAAGCCAGACAUGUGAGGUCCUGGAGACCGCUGAGCCAGUUGAAGAACCUGAACCAGCAUGCUUGGAAUGGAAAGCAGUUGAAGAACCAGGGAGUCUGGAUCAUGCUGCUGAAGAGAAUCGGCUCAACGAGGAACAGAAACCUGUAGAGACUGCUGCUGAGCCUGCACAAGAAGUAACAACAAUGGCCCCCAAGGUUUCUGAGCCCCCGCCUCCACCCCCCCUGGUUCCUGAAACAGAACCACAACCACCUGUGCAGAUUUCAGAACCUGAGAAGGCUGCCAAACAAGAAGCACUGGAGGAGGUAGAAACAGAAACAGCAGCAGCAGCAGCAGCGCUCACAGAGGCCCAGCUGGAAAGAGAACUACAGCCACAGAAUUCCGAAGUGCCGGCUGAAGUUGUCCCACCAGCACCCGAGGAAGCAGGUACUGAAACUGAAGCUGGCGAGGUGGAACCCAUGGAAGUGUCGGCUCCAGAACCCACUCAAACACAAGAGGGUCAGGACACUGCGGUGCAGGAGAAGAAACCCUUGGAAACGCCUGUCUUGGCACAAGAACGCCCUUCGCCUGAACUGAUUGAAAACCACGAGGUUGCUCAGGUUUCUGACAGCAGUCUUCUAGUGGAAAUGGACACCACCCCCGCUAGCGAACCGAGCUUCUCAGACAUGAAUUCACCUUCAGAGGAUCCGACUGAGAAUAUACAACAGUCCCCGGAAAGGUCUUUCUCUGGUUCAAUGGACACCAGCAAGCUGGCAGAUCCCCCUGUUUCUGUAGGAACUCCCCCAAAAGAUGUGGCCCAGGUUCAGGCAGCGCCAGCGUCCAGUGGCGGGGUUCCCUCAACAACUUUCAUACCCGUCGCGCCGAAAAUUGGCAUGGGGAAGCCAGCCAUCACCAAAAGGACGUUUUCUCCAGGAAGACCACGAGUGAGACAGGGAGCUUGGAGCACCCGUAACAUGUCCAGCUCUCCUUCGUGGUCCCCAGACAGUUCAGAAGGGUGGGACCCCUCAAAGACAAGGCAGCUGUUCAGCACCCCCAUUUGGACCGUCAAAGUGGAAGGACAACUACAUGACGAGAUAGCUCAUCACAUGCAAAACAGAAGGAGCAGCUACAUGACGAGAUAUCUUGUCACUUGCAGCGAAAAGCAGGGCCGUGGAUCUGGGUUUCCUGGGAGGAGGAGGCCUCGAGGGGCUGGUGUCCCUGGGCGUGGGGGUAGAGGCCGGUCGAAGCUGAAGAACGCAAUAGGAACAGUCAUCACCCCCGGGGUGAUGGUUGCUGACACCACUUCAGUGAAAGAUGAGGAAGAGAACUCGAUGCACAACACGGUGGUUCUGUUCUCAAGCAGCGACAGAUUCACUAUGAAACAGGAUAUGUGUGUGGUGUGUGGAAGUUUUGGACGAGGUCCGGAGGGAAGGUUGCUUGCUUGUGCCCAGUGUGGCCAGUGUUACCAUCCCUACUGUGUCAGUGUUAAGAUCACCAAGGUGGUUCUCAGUAAAGGCUGGCGCUGCUUGGAGUGCACGGUGUGUGAAGCUUGUGGCAAAGCCACAGACCCAGGACGGCUGCUCUUGUGUGAUGAUUGUGACAUCAGCUACCACACCUACUGCCUGGACCCCCCCCUGCAGACCGUCCCCAAAGGAGGCUGGAAGUGCAAAUGGUGUGUCUCCUGUACGCACUGUGGGGCCACGUCCCCUGGGCUGCGGUGUGAGUGGCAGAAUAAUUACACGCAGUGCGCUCCCUGCGGCAGCCUGGCUACCUGCCCAGUCUGCUCCCAGAACUACAAGGAGGACGAGCUCAUUGUGCAGUGCCGGCAGUGUGACAGGUGGAUUCAUGCCUCCUGUCAGAACUUGAACUCAGAAGAGGAACUGGAAAACGCAGCAGACAACAGCUUUGACUGCGCCAUGUGCAGGAUAUAUAUGACACCGUCGCAUGGUAAACUCCAAAACAUUGCAGGGAAAAUAGAAAAAGCCUGUCGAUCAGUCCCAGAGGACCCUGAAUCACCAGUACUGGCACACAUUGUUACGAAAAUAAAGGAACAAGACCCACCCAAGACAUACACCCAGGAUGGUGUCUGUUUGACAGAGCUGGGUUUGUCACGGCUGCAGAGUCUGACCGUGGCAGCACCGCGACGGAAACGACCCAAACCCAAACUGAAACUGAAGAUAAUCAACCAAAACAGCGUGGCUGUGUUACAGACGCCACCAGACCCACAGUCUGAGCUCUCCAGAGAUGGAGACCUGGAUGACAGCCGGGAAGGAGACCUUUUAGACUGUGAUGGGAACUCUGGCUCCAGCCCGGAACGCGAGGCUGCAGAUGACGACUCUAAGGGAGCAGAGGGGGCUGAUGGAAUCAAGAAGAGAAAGAGAAAACCGUACAGACCUGGUAUUGGUGGGUUUAUGGUACGCCAGAGGAGUCGGACUGGCCAGGGCAAGGCAAAGCGCUCCCUCUGUAGGAAGGAUUCCUCGGGUUCUGUGUCUGAAUGUCUCCUGGGCAAAGAGGAAAGCUGGAAUGAGCCUUUACCUGACACACCAGUGGAAGAGACUGCACCUGCCUCUGAAUGCAUAGAGAAAGCAAAGAAGCGCUACAGGAAGAAGAAGAAUAAACUUGAAGAGGUGUUUCCAGCAUAUUUACAGGAGGCUUUUUUUGGGAGAAACCUGCUGGACACAAGCAGACAGAGCAGGCUGAGCUUGGACUUCCUGUCUGAUGAGGACCCGGCUCGUAUUGAUGGGAGGACCCCCAGUGUGAAUACAAACUUCCUGGAUCCAUCCUCUGAUCCGCUGCUGAGUUCUACCAGCACCCCGAUUUCAGCCAAACCAGCAGCCCUGUCUAACCCUGAGGAUCCAUUAGCUGCCCUCUCUGAAGUCCUCAACACAGAUGAUGAUAUACUGGGGAUCCUUUCUGAUGAGCUGGUGAAGCCUGGGGAGAAUUCAGGUCUUGAUUUAUACACUUACCAGGUUGACAACUUGCCCUCUCCUUUUGCUGGUCUGGAUGUAGGUCCCGUGUCAGAUGAUUCAUCCUUGGCCCCACUGGCAAGUACCGGCCGCAGCGCACAGCCACUGCCUGAGGAGCCGCUCGGCGGGGUUCUCAGUCCAGAGCUGGACACAAUGGUCACGGAUGGUGCGAUCCUAAGCAAACUGUACAAAAUUCCAGAGCUUGAAGGGAAGGAUGUGGAGGAGCUGUUCACCGCAGUCCUGAGCCCAAGUGCUACCCAGACUCCCCAGCACUCGCACAUACCACUGCAAAACCAGGGAGACGGUCUGUUCCCAAGAAUGCCUAUAAUGAACGGCCUUAUGGGGCCAACCCCCCAUUUUCCAUCUCCACAAAUUCCCCCUGGAGCAGGGCCCUGCAUACCCAGCACUUUCUCUCCCAUCCAUCGGUCUCCUUUCUCAGACUCCUGCAGGGACAAAAAGCCUCAAUUUAAUGAACUGGUGGGCGAAGCAGCUGGCUCUUGGGCAGCCCCAGGUCCUGUGGUGGAGGCGGAGGCAGACACCAUGUCCAAUGCCCAGAGGAGCACUCUCAAGUGGGAGAAGGAGGAGACCCUGGGUGAGAUGGCAACAGUGGCCCCUGUGCUGUACACAAACAUGAACUUCCCCAGCCUCAAGGAGGAGUUUCCUGAGUGGUCCACAAGGGUUAAGCAAAUUGCAAAACUAUGGAGAAAAGCCAGUUCCCAAGAAAGAGCACCGUAUGUGCAAAAAGCCAGAGAUAAUCGAGCUGCCCUGCGCAUAAAUAAGGUCCAAAUGUCCAAUGAUACCAUUAAAAGACAGCAGCACCAUCAGGAAAUUAUUGAUCCCAACAUCCCUAUAGAGUCAGAUCUCCUGUUUAAAGAUCCGCUGAAGCCUAAGGAAUCGGAACAUGAGCAGGAAUGGAAAUUCAGACAGCAGCUGAGGCAAAAAAAUAAGCAGCAAGCCAAGAUCGAAGCAACGCAGAAACUGGAGCAAGUUAAAAGUGAGCAGCAACAGCAACUGCAGCAGCAGCAGUCCAGUGGUCAAUCAGGCAGUGAUUCUCCCAACAGCGGGAAUCAGAGUCCACUGACUCCCCAACCAAGCAAUGGGAACAUGUCCCCAGCACAAGAGACGAUGCCCAAAGAUGGAUUUGCGACACCACAGCCUCCUGGCACUCCUACAGCAUCGUCCUCUGAUGAUGUCUUUCUUAGACCCCAAGCCCCACCACCUACACCUACACGGAUGCCAGUGCAAGACCCCUUUUCCCAGGCUCAGCCAGCACAACCACAGUCCCCACAGAUGUUUUCUCCUGGGUCCUCGAACUCAAGGCCAUCGUCCCCAUGGGAUCCAUACGCCAAAAUGGUUGGAACACCUAGGCCACCUGCAGUGGGGCCAAAUCCCCCCAGGAGGAAGUCCAUCGACUCCUGCACUCCUCCAUCAGCCGGAACCAGACUGGGAGCUGAGCAGCAGGAAAGGAACAGGCCUUCUCCUGCCCACGAGUCAUUUGGAUCUCCGUCAUCUAUCAAUAACGAUCCCUACUCAAAGCCUCCAGACACCCCCAGGCCAGUCCUAUCUGCAGAUCUAUUUGCAAAGCCCAUGGGGCCACCACGGACAGUUGGUAGUUCAGAGAUAUCUGAGAAACUUCCACUUGGAUCCACAGCCAGUGGUGAUACAUUUGCUAGGCCGUGUCUUCGAGCUGAAGUUUGCCAAAGGAUGCAGAUGUCCCAUAGCAGAAUGAUCCUGUCAGAUCCUUACACCAGGCCGCUGUUGACUCCCAUUCCUGGAAGUAACGAGUCUGGUUCAGUCUCCUUGUUUAAAGCCCCAAUGCCUCCCUCGCAGUCACUGCAAGACCCCUACCCUGCUAUGUCUUCAACUCUCCGGCGCAUGUCAACGGAUCCAUACCAACGUCCUGUGCUCACACCAAGACUAGCAGAUGGAUUUUCCCAAAACCAGAUGAAUGACCCUUUUGCCCAACCCCCGCUAACACCUUGUCCCGUGAUGAACGACACCUUUUCACACCCUCCCAGGAUGAGCCGCCAGUCCCAGAGGGACCCCUUUUCACAGCCUGGACCCAUAGCAAGACCACAAUCUCAGGAUCUAUACGCUCAGGCACCUUUAACUCCUGGGCCUGCUCCUUUGCAGUCUGCAGAUCCCUAUUCUCAACCCCCUUCUACCCCCAGACCUCAGAUGGGAGAAAGGUUUGCGCAGUCUCCAAUCCAUCAGAGGAAUUCUGAUCCGUAUGCACAGCCACCAGGCACCCAGAGACCAGUAAUGAAUAACCCCUAUUCCCAAUCACCGGGAACCCCGAGACCGGUAAUGAACGACCCCUAUUCCCAGCCACCGGGAACCCCGAGACCGAUAAUGAACGACCCCUAUUCCCAGCCCCCGGGAACCCCGAGACCGGUAAUGAACGACCCCUAUUCCCAGCCACCGGGAACCCCGAGACCGGUAAUGAACGACCCCUAUUCCCAGCCCCCGGGAACCCCGAGACCGGUAAUGAACGACCCCUAUUCCCAGCCACCAGGCACACCAAGGCCCGGGGCCUCGGAAACCUUUAACAGACCAGUGGUCACAAGGCCUGGGUUGAUGCCAAAUCAAGAUCCUUUCUCGCCAGCACCCCAGAACAGAGCUGCAGGCACGCAGGAGACAUUUGUGCGCCCAUCAGACCCGUGCUCUCAAACUUCAAAACUGUCUGGAUUGACCGAAGAACCCUUCGCUCAGCCUAAUCAACUGAACCAAACAUCUAUUCACGAUCUGUAUGAGCAGCCUCCAAUGACCCCUCGGUCGCAGUCUGGUGGUGUGUUUGAUGAUGGAUGUCUGGCUCACGAUAUUACAGAGCAGCACGGAACAGGAAAGGAGGGGAACUUUGGAGUUUCUUCAACCCCAAAUAUGCCAGGUUCAGUGGCAGCAGGAGUGACCAGUGAAGCACAGAACAAUAUGCAUAUAUCACAAGGAGACACUGAAGAGAAGCUGAGACAGCGGCUCAGGUUACGGGAAAUAAUUCUGAGACAGCAGCAGCAAAAGAUUGCUGUCCGUCAAGAGAAAGUCCUGCAGGACCCUGCACUAUCUGCAGCACCAGGAACUCCUCGACACUGGUCACAGGAAGACCCAAACCGUCCCAACGAGCCGUUCAACAGACCCCCUCCUCCUUACCCCGGGACACUGAGGGGGCCGCUGAUUGCACCAGGAGCCCAGAGGUUUCCAGGACCUUUCCCCAAUGAUCCCAGAGGAUCCUUUCCCAGGGAUAGACUGUUUAAUAGACCCCCGUGUACAGGAGAUGUUAUUGGAAUGGGCAUGAGACCAAGGUUUGGAUUCCCACCCAGUGGACAGGGUCCUAUUCCUAGUCAAGAACGAUUUCUCAGCCCCCCACAUCAAAUGCAAGGCUCAAUGUCAGGCUUUCCACAGCAGCUGAGGAGAUCUUUAUCUGUGGACCUCCCACGACCUAUGGGCAGUUCACAGAUGAAUAAUCCAAUUGGACUCCACCAGCAUUUUCCUCCUAGGGGCAUGCAGAUGCAGCAACACAAUAUCAUGGGGCAGCCCUUCAUAGAACUACGGCACAGAGCUCCUGAAAGCAGGCUAAGGCUUCAAUUUGGACCUUCUCUCAUGGCACAAGAAAAUGUUAUGGAUCCAUCUUCCCAGAGAACUAGAAGGUUUAUAAGUGGACAGGAGAUGGGGUUUUCUGGAAAUCAGGGCUCAAGACUGAUGGAACCAAUGAUGAAUCAGCAUCCAGGAAUGAUCAGCCAUAUGCAGAUGUCUACCAGCUUUGAACAUAUUCCCAUGAACCAGAUGCAAAUACAUACUAGUCAUCCACACGCCCCGCUAAUGCGUUCUUUGAGUCAUCCGGUAACCAGCGAGACAUUCAGUGUUGCUCCUUUAGAUUAUUUUCCUUCAACAUCUGCGGAAUCCACUGAGGAGAUUCCACUUGCUAGCCAAGACGUAAUUGCAGAGAAACUUGACCCUGAUGACUCUGCUGUCAAAGAUCUGGAUGAUGUGGAGGUUAAAGACUUGGACGACGAAGAUCUUGAAAACCUCAAUCUAGACCCAGAGGAUGGAAAAGGAGAUGAUUUGGAUCUGGAAACCAAUGACCUUCAUCUUGAUGACUUCUUACGGUCAGGAAAGUUUGAUAUUAUUGCAUAUACAGAUCCUGAACUUGAUUUGGGAGACAAGAAGGAUAUGUUUAAUGAAGAACUUGAUCUUAGUGACCCAAUAGAGGACCACCCAGUGGCUGUAGAGGAACAGAAAACCGAGAGUAAAGACGUAAAUACAAAUUCUGCUGGUGUCUCCCCAAAGAAGGAAGCUACUUCGGGAAUGAAAUUUAAGUUGGAGAAAACACCAGAAAGGUUGCAAGAUGUAAAACAGGAGAGCAGCAAUUCUAAUGAGAACACUGAUCCUUCUUCCUCAGAGCAUACCUUAAAAACUGAAGCUCAUGCACAUGCCCAUCCACCCACUGACAAAGAUCAAUCUGAAGAGAGGAAUACUAGAAGCCAAGAAAAUACUGGAGGCAGCCCAAGCCUGUCAGAGGCAUCUGCCCCGUCAAGUACUGGCACCCUGGCUGGUUCGACUCCGGCGCUCCCAAGCUUGCUAAUUAAAGAUAAAGUUGAUAACACUGAGCUUGGGCCUUUAGGUCCUCCAACUCAAAGCAUGUCACCUGCCCAUCAGAACCAUUUGACAGGCAUGCCCCAAAAUCCCAAUGUCUUGAUGACACCGGGGCAAAUGCAAGAACAUGCUGCAAACCCCAACCUAUCAAUGGAUGAAAUAAUGGACCACACCUUCUCCCAGGGAGCACAGCCACCAGUCAAUCCAAACUUCAUUCAGGGCCAGGAUUUUAGUACUGAGCAGCAGAUAGGCACACACAUCCCCAUGGUGAAUCAGACAGAACCCAAUGGCAUGUCAGCCACAGAACAAGCAUUGAUUUCUCAGGCCUUGAGUCAGCAGAACAGAGAGAGGCCAUUGCUCCUCGAUGAGCAGCCUCUUCUUUUGCAAGAUCUGCUAGAUCAGGAGAGACAGGAACAGCAGCAACAGAGACAAAUGCAAGCCAUGAUACGCCAGAGAUCCAGCGAUUCAUUCUUCCCCAACAUUGACUUUGAUGCCAUUACAGAUCCAAUAAUGAAAGCAAAGAUGGUAGCUCUGAAAGGAAUCAACAAAGUCAUGGUUCAGAACAGUAUGGGGAUGCCUUCAAUGGUCAUGAACAGGUUUCAGUUUGUGGGUCAACAAAUGCCUGAACCAGAAGUGGGUGAAGGGGUGUCUGUUCCCCAGCAAGCCAUUGAACCGGAUGGCAAGUUAGCACCACAGAUGGCAAGGCCUAAUCCUCCCAGUUUUGAUCCUGGGUUUGUUAAUGAUGCCCAGAAGAAGCAGUAUGAGGAGUGGCUCCAAGACACACAGCAGCUUCUCCAGAUGCAGCAGAAGUUUCUGGAAGAACAAAUCGGAGUGCACAGGAAGUCAAAAAAGGCACUCUCAGCCAAGCAGCGCACUGCCAAAAAAGCAGGACGAGAAUUCCCUGAAGAUGAUGCAGAGCAACUCAAGCAUGUUACUGAGCAGCAGAGUGUGGUCCAGAAACAACUCGAGCAGAUCCGGAAGCAGCAGAAAGAGCAUGCUGAACUGAUUGAAGAGUAUCGGAUUAAACAGCAGCAACAAGGCACAGGGUCGCCUGCACUUAUCCAAGGGGUGCAGUCCCAAGCACCAAUGGUACCCGGAGGUCCUCCACCAGUCAUGACCCAGCAGAACUUCCCCAUAUUGCCUCAGCAGAUGGAGCAACAUCUGGGUCCUAUUCCAGGGCAGCCCACCCCCCCUCGAAUGCCCAGUGUACCAGGUUGGCACCCUGGGGCUCCCGCCCCAAUGGCUGGGCUGAGGAUGCAGUCUCAAUUGCCCCCCCAUAUACCGGUGAAUCCUGCCCCUCCUGAACAGGCUCCUCUGCCAGGGGAGAAUGCACCCCAGGCAGUAGCAGCAGCAGAGGCAUCCACUGCAGGGAAUGGAGCCCAUGUGAAAUUUGAUGACAAUAACCCGUUCAGCGAGGGUUUCCAAGAGAGGGAGCGGAAAGAGCGUUUGAGAGAGCAGCAGGAGAGGCAAAGGAUCCAGCUCAUGCAGGAGGUAGAGAGGCAGAGAGCUCUACAGCAGAGACUGGAGUUGGAGCAGCAGCAGCAGCAACAGCAAGGCAUUGUGGGCCCGGAGAUGAGCAGAGCCUCGCUUUCCCAAAUGCCGUACUUCAACUCGGAACUGCCUCAUGACUUCAUGCAGAGGCUGCAGCAGCAACAGCAGCAGCUGCCUACUCAACAGCAAAUGGGUCCGUUGUUUCCCCAGCAGCAGAGCAUGCAGCAAGGCUUUAUAAGCCCUCCUGGCACCCCGUUCGCGCAGGGCAAUGAGCGAAGACACAUCAUGGGUAAUGGACCAUUUGGCCCCCCUGACAUGCCUGUUGGUGGGCCCAAUUUCCAGCCUUCGAACCAGGGAAUUCAAGGAGCUAACUUUGUCCAGGGGCAGCCCAGGCCUCCAGCCUUCAUGCCCGCCAUGUCCCAUGGCACAGGCGAAGGACCUCCCUUUGGUAUGGAACCGGUAACGCCCCUUCCUCCCAGUUACCCAGGCUCGGGCCAGUCUCUCAUACAGCUGUACUCUAAUAUAAUACCUGAGGAGAAAGGGAAAAAGAAAAGGAACAGGAAGAAGAAGAAGAAGGAGGACGAUGCAGACUCUGUGAAGGCUCCCUCCACGCCUCAUUCAGACCUCACCACCCCUCUGACUCCGAGCGUCUCGGACACGGCUUCCACGCCCACAAGGAUUAUGGCCUCUGAUUCCUUGACCUACAAUAAAGGUGAGCCGGAGACACCUGAGUUUUUAGCAGGAUCCUCAACUCCCAGGUCUGGUGUAAGCCAGCCGCCCACUGAGCUGGAGCGGCAGCUGUCGGCAAGCAGCAGCAAUGGCAACACCACACACCAGCAGGCUCUGGGCCGGCAGUCCAGUAUCAGCUCAGAAACAGACCAACAGGAGGAACCAGCCAAGCUGCUGCAUGAGAUCAAGCUGGAACAGAUGGAAGCCACAGAGUGCCGUGGCCCAAGGGAGUCGAAGGUGGAGGUGUCGGAGAUUGUAAAGCUGGAAGGUAAGGAGGGGACUCCACCAUACCCUGCUGACCACAGCCCUGCCCACGGUGCGAGUGGAACCGGGGGAAAACUGGAGUCGGGAAAUGAGCUGCUGAAACACCUGCUGAAGAACAAAAACACACCCUCCCUGCUUCCCCAACAGCGGUCAGAGGAGGAGGAGGAGGAGGAGGAGGAGGGAGCAGCACAGAGCACAUUGCUACAGAAGCAAAACUACACUGAAGGGGCUGUGCCGACUGCGGACAACAAAAUGCAAGGAAACCUCAACCAGGAAGUGCCUCGACUGCCGCACGCAGACCGGGAGCAGGACAAGAAGAAACAGCGGUACAAGCGAGCGCCCAAGAGCGGGGAGAAGCCAGCGCCUCGCCCCAAAAAGAGAAAGAAGGAUGAGGACAACAGACAUGUGCCUUACCCCAACACCGACUCCUUGAUGAGUCAGCUUAAACAGCAACUUUCUCUCCUGCCUCUAAUGGAGCCUCUGGUUGGAGUGAACUUUGCUCACUUCCCUCCCUAUGGCAGCGGGCGCAAUGGGGAGAACCGGCUCACAGGCACCUUCGGGAGUGCCUCGCUGGAUGGGGUCUCAGACUACUACUCCCAGCUCAUUUACAAGCAGAACAACUUGAGUAACCCUCCAACCCCGCCAGCCUCUCUCCCACCUACUCCGCCUCCAGUAGCUCGUCAGAAAAUGGUUAAUGGUUUUGCUACCGCUGAAGAACUUGCAAGCAAAGCUGGUGUGAUGAGAGGACCUGAUGUCACCAAAGGCCUUGGACCCAGACAAUUCCAGAUGCCAUUCAGACCAGAGGAAGACUUGCUGGCCAGAGCAAUGGCACACGGCCCUAAAACAGUAGACGUGCCUGCCUCCCUGCCCACACCCCCUCACAACAACCAGGAGGAGCUCAGAGGGCAGGAUCACUGUGAUGAGCGGGACUCCCCAGACAGCUUCGUCCCCUCCUCCUCCCCGGAGAGUGUGCUGGGAAUGGAGGUGCGCCGCUAUCCUGACCUGUCUCUCGUGAAGCAGGAACCCCCGGACCCCGCCCCCUCCCCAGUCAUCCCCAUCCUGCCAAGCUGCAGUGGGAAAGGAUCUGAAUUCAGGCGCUGCGAUGUGAAAAUGGAGCCUUCUGGUGUGUUUUUUGGGUCUGAGUUUGGGCAGCCUGCAAACUGUUCACAAGCUGGUCUUGUAUCCAUAGCGAUUACACUGAACCCAGCCGCUGCAGGGAACAUCAACGGUGUUGUAGCAGCUGUGGCCGAUCUCCUGCGUGUGAAACUCCCCAACAGCUAUGAGGCUAGCGCUGCUCCGGACAGGCUGCCCGCGGCCCUGCUCAACAGCAUGAAGAUGCAGCACCACCACCGGUUUGAGCACAGGCCUCCGCCGCUCUUCUCUGGGGCAGGCUCUGGACAGCCAGCGAUCAUGAGGUUCAUGAGGCCUUCUGGACCUUCCGGAAUGUUCCAGCCUCAGGUUCGCUUUGCGCCGAUCAACAGUGGUUCCGUUGUUUGUAAAAGAGAUGUGCAGUUUGUGAAAGGAAACCCUGGACCAAAACCACAGUGGUGUUGUCACUGCAAGGUUGUCGUUCUUGGAAAUGGAGUUUGUAAAUCUGCCAAAGAUCUGCCUUUCAAUAAACAGGACUUGCACAAGGGCCCAGGGAGAUCAGAGGGGAACAUGGUCUUCUGCAGCCACAACUGCUUUGUUCUGUAUUCCACAGGCAUGCAGGCCAAAGCCACAGAGACGCAGGAAGCAACCUCUGCUCAGCUGGAUUCCACGUCCUCAAAAACCUUUCACCAGUACAGCAACAAUACCUCCACAUUGGACGUCCAUUGUCUGCCACAGUUACAGCCGAAGGAAUCCCCAGCAACAACUUCUCCCAUCACAUUUCCCCCGGCUGCCUCGGAGAUGAUGAAGCUGGAGUCCAAGCCAGACGAGCUGAAGGUCACAGUGAAGUUGAAGCCGCGGCCGAGAGCUGUGCAGGCCAGUGUGGACGAGUCCCGGCCAUUGAGCAAAAGGUGGAAGGGCAUGCGCUGGAGGAAGUGGAGUGUCCAGAUCAUGAUCCCCAAGGGCAAUUUGAAGCUGCCUUGCGAGGGGGAGAUCACUGAGCUCCUGAAGAGGCUGGGCACCUCGCUGAGGCCGGAGCCCCUGCCCAAGGACCACAGGAAGUGCUGCUUCUGCCAUGAAGAGGGGGACGGCAUCACUGACGGGCCCGCCAGGCUCCUCAACCUGGACCUGGACCUCUGGGUUCACUUGAACUGUGCCCUGUGGUCCUCGGAAGUGUACGAGACGCAGGCUGGAGCCCUGAUCAACGUGGAGCUGGCACUGCGCCGGGGGCUGUCCAUGAAGUGCUUGUACUGCCAGAAGAUGGGAGCCACCAGCGGCUGCCAGCGGCUACGGUGCACAAACAUCUACCACUUCACUUGUGCCCUCAGGGCCCAGUGCAUGUUCUUCAAAGACAAGACUAUGCUGUGCCACAUGCACCGGCCCCGGGGGGGCGCCCCUGAGCAUGAGCUGAGGUACUUUGCCGUGUUCCGCAGGGUGUAUGUGCAGCGGGACGAGGUGAAGCAGAUCGCCAGCAUCGUACAGCGUGGAGAGCGAGACCACACCUUCCGCGUGGGCAGCCUCAUCUUCCACGCCAUUGGUCAACUCCUCCCUCAGCAAAUGAGGGCCUUCCACACCGCCACUGCCAUCUUUCCCGUGGGCUACGAGGCCAGCCGGCUGUACUGGAGCAUGCGCUAUAGCAACCGCCGCUGCCAGUACAUGUGCUCCAUCGACGAGAGGGACAGCCAGCCUGAGUUCAUCAUCAGAGUGGUGGAGCAGGGUCACGAAGAUCUGGUCCUGACUGACACGACUCCCAAAGGAGUGUGGGAUAAAGUCUUGGAGCCUGUGGCUGAACGUCGGAAUGAGUCAGGCACACUGAAACUAUUUCAGGCUUAUCUCAAAGGAGAGGAUCUCUUUGGCCUCACAGUCUCUGCGGUGGUUAGGAUAGCAGAAUCUCUCCCAGGGGUUGAGGCAUGUGGAAGCUACAUUUUCCGCUAUGGGCGCAAUCCUUUGAUGGAACUGCCUCUGUCCAUCAACCCCACAGGCAGUGCACGCUCUCAGCCUAAAACCAGCUCCCAUGUCAAGAGGUUUGUGUUAAGGCCUCAUACACUGAACAGCACCAGCACAUCCAAGUCCUUUCAGAGCACAGUCACUGGAGAGCUGAACGCACCUUACAGCAAGCAGUUUGUCCAUUCCAAGUCCUCGCAAUACCGCAAAAUGAAAACCGAGUGGAAGGGCAAUGUGUAUUUGGCUCGUUCUCGCAUACAGGGGCUGGGAUUGUAUGCUGCCAGAGACAUUGAAAAGCACACAAUGGUCAUUGAAUACAUGGGAACAGUCAUCCGCAAUGAGGUGGCGAACAGGAAGGAAAAGCACUAUGAAUCUCAGAAUCGCGGCGUGUUCAUGUUUCGAAUGGACAGCGAGCACGUGAUUGAUGCCACUCUGACAGGAGGUCCCGCGAGGUAUAUCAACCAUUCUUGUGCACCGAACUGCGUGGCGGAAGUGGUGACCUUUGAAAAGGGACACAAAAUCAUCAUCAGCUCUAACCAGAGAAUUCAUAGAGGACAGGAGCUUUGUUACGACUACAAGUUUGAUUUUGAAGAUGACCAGCACAAGAUUCCUUGUCACUGUGGAGCUGUGAACUGCAGAAAGUGGAUGAACUAAGAUUGCAUUCCAAGCAGUUUCCUCAGGCUUGCUUGUCCUUUGGAAGAGGGUCUUGACACUGAAGACAGGGUGGAGUGUGUGUGUGUGUGUGUGUGUUGUCUUUUGUUCUCCAGUGUUCCGGGCUAACCAAUAGAAAUCAUAUAGGCAGAAAGCCUGUCAAGUGGAGGAAUGGGGAAUAGCGGGAAAGGGUGGGAGAAUAUGAAUGUAGAAAAGAAUUCACCAGCUAAUGUGGAGGAUACACAGUGCUGGCCACGGCCUUAUUUGAUAAAAAGGGGCAGGCCCUCUAUUUCAAAUAUAUAUUGAAAUAAUAAAGACGCAGACACCACUGAACAGGGAAUGUACCCAGAUGACUUCCUUAGGGAUACAGCUAAGGGAAAAUUUAACUUGCACUAAAAAACAUUUAAAUACUUGAUUCCAUGAGUCAGUUUAAUGUUGUUUUUUGAUUUCUGUAUAAUAAGAGAAACAUUUUUGUAUUUAUUACUGGGUAAGUGAAUGAAGCUAUUUUUAAAAUAAAAAAUAAAUAAAAUAGUUAAAAGAAAGUGGAGCUGCUGCCGUUGCCUGCAGAUUUAACAAACCCUGUUACUUUUGUACAAAGUGUAAAUAUUUUGGAGAAAAUGGUAUAAAAAAAAAAAUAUAUAGAAAAGUUAUUGACCAAAUGCUACCUUAAUUUUGCAUCUGUUUUGGGUGAUUGACAGAUUUCUCUAAAGGGUGUCAUGAUGUUGUUGACAGUAUAAAUAUGAUGUAUAGAAAACGUGUGAAUGUUCACAUCAAUAAGAUUUUGUUGUUGUAUUUAGAUUUAAUAGAACAGUGUAAUUGUGAUAGAAAUGUCUUCUGACCACUUGAAAAAAGUUUCCUUAUCAACUUUAAAAUUGUUGAAAAGUUCUUACAACGUCUAAUCAAGACGUCAAGUAAAUUGUUUUGAUCGCAAAAUGAUUGUGACAUCCUUAAGUCAAGUUGUUGUGUUUGUUUUUUUUGGGGGGGGGAUUAGAACUGUGAAUUUAGGUUUAAAACCACACAAAAUGAGUUUGGAAGCUUAUUUUAACAUGAAUAGGCAAGACUAGAUAAUCUUUCGUUCUCAAUUAUGCAGACUAGUUAUGUAGUUAAGGGCUUCAGUCUAUGAGUAUCGAUUGAAAGAAAAUAACAAUUGAGUUGUAAUUAUGCUUACAUGCUGAAGGAUGAGGUGUUUUGGAAUACAGAUGACAAUUUAUGAAAAAAAGAAAGUGUUUGUAUGCAUUAUUUUUGUUUACAUUUCUUUUUUAUAUAUAAAUAAACAAACACUGUUUUGUUUUGGCUGGCAGAGAAGUAACUACAUUUGAACCAGACCAGCUUUUAAUUUCGUACUUUUAAAAAGAAAAAAAAACCCUCUGGUACUGACUGACACUUAACAAGCCAUUUAGUUUGAUAUGAAGUUUUAUUUUGUGUGUGCAAAUCCAGUGGACUGUAAAGCUGUUGGUAUUCCAAGACGCAGUCUUGAACUUGUAAUGUAUAUGGCAUGAUGGAUUUUUUACCUUUCAGAAAAAUCAAUUGUAUAUAUUUUUCUUGACGAAUAGCUGUAUGAAAUUUGUUUCAUGGAUAUUUUUCUCCUUGUACAAUAUUGAAACAAUCUACCAGUAUUUGUCCCACAGUUGUCUUUUUUUUGUUUUUCCUGUAUAAUAGUAACUAAUGUUAAAAAAUGAAGCCUUUUUGAAGUAUACAGAGUGUUAUGGGUUUGGAAUUUGUGUAAAAAGAUUUAGGAGCAUUUACAAAAUAAAAUAUUUUACAUCUAAAAA